AUGUUUUUCUUAUUGCUUCAGAUGCUGUUGAUUUCAUGGGUCGGAAUAGCAGAACAAGGUUGUGAGUUGCGGGAAAAAAGGGGAAUGAGAACAUCUUAUCUCCUAGCUCAAGAUAUGCUAACAAAAUAUCCUGUGGAUGAUGAAGGACCUCGGGCAGAGACCGGUUUGUUGGUGCCACACUUAUUAGGAGAAAUGGAGAGAAGGAACCAAGACAACCCAAAAAUGUCUAAGACCAGUUCUCCAUAUCCUGAUAGUCCUGCAGCUCAAGAUUUAGGAAACUGGGCUCCCACAAGAGUACUCCCAUAUUCAGAGGCCACAGAAAAGACACCUUCUCACUCACACAGCAAGAGGGAAACAGAAUCGCUCUUCAAGAAAGAUGCCAAGAAAUUCUGGGACCUUUUUAUGUUGAAAACCAAGUCAAGGUCGGAAGAAAUUAUUCUCCCAAUCAAGACCAAAGAAAUGUACCAAGAGAUCUGUAGCACUCUCCCUUUUUCUCAGAGCAUUGCACAUGACAACUGUGAGAAACUGGUGAUCCAAAACAACUUGUGCUUUGGGAAAUGCAGUUCUUUCCAUGUUCCCGGUCUUGAAGAUCGCCUCUAUACCUUCUGUUCCCACUGCUUGCCAACCAAGUUUUCCAUGAAACGUUUGGAGAUGAAUUGUACCACAGCCACUCCUGUCUUCAAGGUGGUUAGGUUUGUGGAAGAAUGCAAAUGUGAAGCUCAGAAAACUACAGACCCUGAAAGAGGAUUUCUACAUUCCAAUCUACAGGCAAAGGCAUACGAACAAGAUUAA